AUGGAGAAGUUUUUGGCGGAAAACAAGUUGCGGAAAAUUGCAUUCAUAACGGUGGGAACAUCAAAAAUAAUUUAUUUUAAAUAAAACAAAAAAGAUGGGCCGAACCGGGGAUUGAACCCGGGACCUCUCGCACCCAAAGCGAGAAUCAUACCACUAGACCAUUCGGCCGACAAGAAGUCGAGAGAAAAUUUUAUAUUUGAUUAGUGCGGCGGGAAAAAAUCGAUAUUUUCUUAUUCAAUAUAAAGUUUUUUGUUUACAGAGCGGUGGAACACAGGUUCCAUUAGAAAAAAAUACGGUUCGAUUCAUUGACAAUUUCAGCGCUGGAACCAGAGGAGCAUCAAGUGCCGAGUAAGUUUUGAAAUAAAAAAACUUCAUCGCUGAAAGAAAUUUUGCCAAAAUUCCAGAUAUUUUCUCCGAGCCGGCUAUGCUGUCAUUUUCAUGCAUCGCGAAGAAUCGCUGAAACCAUAUUCUCGUCAUUUUUCCAAUCUAUUUUCAACACUGCAAAUCAGCGGCGACCAAGUGAUUUGCAAUGCGCCAAAAAUUCGUGAAAUUUUGGAAGAGAAGGAGAAAUUCAAGAAUAGGAUUUAUUAUGCACCCUUUAAAACUUUUGAUCAAUAUAUGCAACUUUUGGAGCAGGUAAAAUUUAUCGAUUUUAAGUUUUUUUGAAUUGAAAAAAUUAGCGGUGGAGCACAUUUGAAUUUUUUGCAGAUUUGCCAACACAUAAAUCCAUUGGGAAGUCAGGCUUUGGUUUAUUUGGCGGCUGCAGUUUCGGAUUUUGUUGUCACAGAAUUGGUGAGUUUUUGGAGUGGUUUCGAUUUCUAGUGCUUGCAGAAAUUUGGGAAAAUUAGAAAAACGUUCCAAAUUUUUUUAAAAUCUAUAUAAAUUUUGGAACUUCAGGUUACUGUAGCUAGAAUUCAAGUUGAAAAAUUCCAGAUUACUGUAGCUUUUGUUUAUUUUCCUACAGUUUGUGAUCUACAAAACUUCUCGAGAUUUUUUUUUGGUUUUUUAAUAGCUAUAAUUUUUAGAUGAAGAAGUUCCAGAUUACUGUAGUUUUUCGUAAUCUGUCGAGUUUUUCAUCAAUAUUUCUAAGCAGAGUAUUGUAGUCGAUUAAACAAUUUAAACUUCGAAUUGUAAUCAAAAUCAUAGACUAUAUUUUUUCCAGCCAACUCACAAAAUGGCCAGUGAUUCUGAAUUGAAUCUAGGCUUGAGUGUUGCUCCAAAAGUUAUCGAAAGAGUUGUCAAUUCAUAUGUUCCCAAUGCAUUUAUUGUUUCUUUCAAACUCGAAACCGACGCCGAAAAAUUGUUGCCAAAAGCCAAAUGCGCUCUAGCGAAAUACGGUCAUCAAUUGGUAAUUGCAAAUAUGUUAUCAACUCGAAAACACCGUGUAGUUUUUGUGCAACAAAAUCAAGAAAACGGUGAAGAAAUCACAAUUGGACCAAGCGAGGAAAAUAUUGAAAUUGAGGAGAAAAUAAUUGAAAGAGUUGAAGAAUUGCAUAAUGAUUUUAUUAAAAAAGCAUAG